AUGUUCAAUACCAUUUAAGAACAGGAAAAAUCAACUACAAGAUUGCAUAAGAAAAUUAAUACUCCAUUAGUCAAUGAUACCAAAAAAUAAAAAUAGUAAAUCUAAACUACAAUUUUAUCUAGCAAGAGCUCAAGCAAUAAAUCAUAACUCUUCAGAGAUAAAUCUAACAACAAAGUAAGUAAACGAUAGAAAUCUAAAAAGAAGACAGUGUAUGAUUACGAAGAGGAUGAUUCAAUUGACUCAGUAGUCCUACUAAAUAAGUCAUAAUUCGAUAAGUCUAAAAUAGAUAAAUCCUAUAUGACUCUUGAUAUAACGCAAAAUUAAAGUUAGAUCUAUUUUGUGGGCUAAAAUAAGAGUACUGAGAAAAUUAGAGACUAAAGAGUAUAGAUUAAUAAGAAUAUAAGUAAAUCAAACAGUAAUAAUCGCUUCAUUGAUACUCAAAGAAAAUAAAUAGAUUUUUAUAAAAGCAAAUUAACUAAUUUCAUACUAGACAAAGUUAUUCAAUAAAGCACAUCAAAAAUUCAAAAUGUAAUUUUCUCAAUGCAAAUGAGAUAAGCUUUCAGUAAAGUUCGAGGAUAUGCAAAAGAAUAAAAGCAUAAGCAAUAGAGAGAGGAAAAGAGAUUUAAAACAAUCAAAUUAAAAAUGAAUGAGGAGUCUUAUAAUAAUUAUCUCAUGCAAUCAUAGAUUUUUUCUCCAUAAAAUGACACACUAUCUUAGUCAAUACUUAAAAAUGUGAAUCGAACCUAAACUUUUUAAUAAAGACCAAGGAAAUAAGUUUAAUUUCCUUAAGAUAAACAAACUCUAAGAAAAAUAUUUUAUGGAUGGAAGAAUUUAUAUAGAACUUAAAAAAAAUAGAGGAAGCAAAGAGAAAUGAGACUUAAAGUUGCUGUAGGCUAGCUGAUUGAUGAUAGAUAAUUCAAUUUGAUGAAUAAGGUGUUUUGGACAUUAAAGAUUUUUAAGGACUAGAAUUUUAUAAUGAGAAAUCUCAAAGAUAGCAGUAUUCGGUUUAGGAACUAUAAUCUGCUUAAAAAAGCUAUCACUAAUUUAAAGAAGUAUGUUAUUUAUGUAAUUAAAGAAUAUAGAGUGACUCUAAAUCUAAAGCCGCUAAGAGCAGUAUUCAAAAGAUUCAAGAAAUUGUGGUCUUUGAAAAAAUCAGCUCUUAAAGUCUUGAAACUUAGACGAAAAAGAAAUUUACCUCAUGUGUUUGAAGCCUGGUACAAGUUAGUUGCCUCUGGCGACCACGUGAAUUAUGAGUGCGCUCGCAUUCACUAUUAGGGUAAACUUAUGAAUAAGGUUUUCAGCAUACUUACAUUCCAAAUGAGGAAAUUAGCCUACUGGAAUCAAAGAAAGUAAUACAUGAUAGCAAUCAAAAUUCUAAGAGCAUGGAGAAAUCGAACAUAAUAAAAUAGAGGAUAGCAAGAAUUUGUAAAUCUAAGAAUAAUGAGGUUGAAGUAUAAGUACUUUUAGAUCAUGAAAACAGUGUUGCAGAAAGAAAUGGUGGAUAUAGAUAUUAAUAUGCAGAGUAGAUACUUCAGAAUGAUCAAACUUCAGCAUAAGGGUUUCUUCGCUCUGAAAUCAAACCUUUACAUAAAAUUAUUUUAGAAUGAAAGAUCUUACAGAUUAAUUAUGAAGUCCUUCAAAAUUCUGAAAAAGUACUAUAUCAAAUCUGUCAGAAUAGAUCAUAAGCUUAAUCAAAUGGCUGAUGAAUAAUAAAAGCGUUUUAACCUGAUGAUUUUUAUUCGUAGACUGAAUGAGAUGUAGGAUAUUAGAGAUUAAAGGGCAUCGCUUAAGUUUGGGUCUGUUGUUAACUUUCAAUAGCAACAAUAGCAGUUCUUGUAGCAAUAGUAAAAAUAGCAGUAGCAGAGUUACUAUCAAACUACAAAUGAUGAGAAUUAACUCCAUCCUAAUACCUAGAGAUCUUAAUACCAAAAUCAAAGUCAAAUUAGCUAAAAAAGUUUUGAUUACAACAGCAAUCAUUAGCAGCAGAGUCACAGAUAGAGCAAAUAAAAUAUCACUAGAGAUCACAGUGAUUAAUCUAGGCUAUCUUAAGGAAAACAGAACUUUUCAUACCUGUAAUCAAGCCACUCAUCGAAGAAGAAUAUUUUCUUGACUUAAACACAAAACUUUAGCAACCAGAUUAAAUACUACCCACAAAUUUAAAUUGAGGAGGAAAACAGGCCUCUACAAGUCCAAAGCAUGUUCACACCAUCUAAUAAUUAAAACUAAAACUAUAUUGAAUGCUAGGAGUUAACUAUGACAAACCCUACAAUAAUGAUGCAGCAAGAUUCGGUAGAUCAUUACGACGAGGAUGCCAUUCAUCAUAACUCUUAAACUAAAUAUUACGAAAGGGAAGAGCCUUAGAUAAUUUCACAUCACAGUAUUGAUUAACAGUCUGUUGGGGAAGAAGAAUGCGAUGAUAUUGAUUAAACUCUUUAACAAGAAGAACUUGAAGAGAAUGAAGAGUUAGACUACAAUAGUCAAUAAUUUAAUCAAAUCGAAAACAAUACCAUGUCUACUUACAAUCCUGCAUCUUUUAGAAAUUUAAAUGCAAACAGUUAGUUCAUUAUUAAGAACAUGAGAUACAUCUUUACCUUGAAGCUCAAGAAAAAAAUCUUUGAUAAUAUACUAAUCUUCUAUUACUAUAGCAAGGACAAGAAAAAACUUGACCAUAGACUAUUUGCCUUUAAUAAUAGACAAGUUGUAAAGAGAGCAUUUAAAGCCUUGGCAAUGAAUUAUGCGGAUGCUUAGGAAGAGGAAUUAAGAUUUGAAUCACAGAGAGUAUUGAGAGAAACCAAUCCUAUAAUGGACUCAAGAAGGUAGACUAAUCACAUUAAGGAAGAAGACUAGUAAGAGCAGAGGAUGAGCAAGUUGAAUCUCUUAAGCAAAAAGAUUUUCAAGGAAGAUUUGGAUUUAUCUAGCAUAAUGGUUGAUAAGAGUAAGACCCAAUCCAUUUUAAGAAUAUCACAUCUCAGAUGA